UAGUGUCAACAUGACAGCCCCGAACAUACCCUGCCGUCGAUUUUGGCGGUCGGUUCAAUUUUCCCCAAAAAUUUCAGUAAUGUCAUAGAAUUAUGGACUUACUUCAAGGCAAAUGUCUGUUAAACAAAAUAAAGAAACUCAUCCCCGCAGAAGACGCCAUGCGAAACAAAACAAUUAUUAUAUUUUUCUUUGGGGCCAUGUGGUGUAAAUCUCCUGAUUGUAAAGUAAUACUUCAGAAGUUGAAGGAGCUGCACAAGGAGAACCUCCGCCGAAACAUGGGUUUAGAAGUAAUUUACGUUUCGUCUGAUACGAGUUUAGAGGAUUUUGACACGUUUUAUAAAACACACGGGGGAUGGUUUGCUGUACCUUUUCAGGACGACUUAGCAGAACAGCUCCGUAGAGUCUUUGGUAUUACUAACGUUCCCAACCUUAUCGUGGUUAAGAAAAAUGGGGAAAUUAUAACGAAAGCGGGAAGGCAAGAAAUUGUUGAAAAGGGUCUCAAUGUGUUAGUAACCUGGACGGAUUAA